AUGCCGCAGCUGAGCACCCAGCACCUCGGAGGGCGCAAGGAGCUGCACUUGGCGCAUCUGGUGCUCAGCUUCAUCACGAUGGGCUACCUCUGGCAGGAUGGCGAGGAGGGCGCCGUGAAGGUCCUGCCCCGAAAUCUCGCUGUCCCCUUCUGGGAGGUCUCACAGGCCCUCGGCCUCCCCCCCAUCCUCAGCCACGCAGACUUUGUGUUGGCCAACUGGAGGAGGAAGAACCCCAACGGGCCUCUAGAAAUUGAGAACCUGGACACCAUCAUCUCGCUGCCUGGGGGACAGAGCCUGCGAGGCUUCAUCCUCGUCACCCUCCUGGUUGAGAAGGCGGCUGUGCCCGGGAUUAAGGCAAUCGUUCAGGCCAUUCGUGCCAUUCUGCAGCUCGAUGAGGACACCCUGCACAAAGCCCUGCAGGAGCUGGCAGAGGCCAUCGGGGACAUGAGCCAGGCUUUGAAACGGAUGCACGAUUAUGUGGAUCCAGCAGUAUUUUAUGCUGUGAUCCGGAUCUUUCUCUCCGGCUGGAAAGAUAACCCGGCCAUGCCAGACGGGCUGAUAUACGAAGGUGUAUCUGACGAGCCCAUGGCGUACUCGGGAGGGAGCGCAGCACAGAGCACCGUCCUUCACGCUUUUGAUGAGCUCCUGGGGAUUCGCCAUAGCGAGGAGAGCACCGCCUUCCUGCACAGGAUGAGGGACUACAUGCCCCCGCCCCACAGAGCCUUUGUGGAGGAGAUCCGCCGUGCCCCCUCCCUGAAGCAGCACGUGCUCUCCUCCGGGGAUGCGCAGCUCUGCGCGGCUUUCAACCAGUGCAUCUCUGCACUGGCGGACUUCAGGUCCUACCACAUCACCAUCGUCACCAAGUACAUCGCUGUGGCAGCGGCCAAAGCCAAGGCCAGGCGGGGAGAGCUGGGCGACAGGGCUGGCCCCUCUGCAGGGAAACCUCCGUCCGCGCUGGAGGCCAAAGGGACUGGCGGGUCCCACAUCUUCAGCUUCGUCAGGGACACGACCAGGGAAGGGAUGAUAAGUGCCUGA